GAGAAAACAAACGUUCAUAGAUGUCAAUUUUGUCAUGUUGAUGUUUGAUUUUGAUUGUUUCUUGUUUCUAUUUCUGAUUUUCUGAAAAUAAUCUAACGAUAAACUAUAAUAUAGCGAUAGCUAAAGUCAUAAAAAAACAAUUUAUUGUAUUUGAUAAACGCUUGAUUAUGUUCAGCCUAGUUGGAAGAACCUGCUAUUAAUUAGAACUCAACAAAGAGCUUUCUGAUGGAUAUGACUAGUAGUGAAAACGUUAUAUAAAUAUUCCAAGGUAUCUAUCAAACCUGUGAGAUGCCCCAGCAGUUUAUCAAGGUGAAAGAACACUCGGCUGCCCUUCCAAAAACUGCUUUUGCCAGUUCCAUGAAAACUCCAGACUGGGAUUCAUCUUCAAAUUUAUCGAACUCUGUGGGAGAUAUAUGCAGGAUAUGCCAUUGUGAAGCUGAUGCAGAUAAUCCACUUUUGUCUCCUUGCUUCUGCUCUGGCAGUUUGAAGUAUGUCCAUCAGACAUGCCUCAGACAGUGGUUAGCUGCCUCAGAUACAAGAUCAUGUGAACUCUGCAAGUUCAAUUUCAUUUUACACACCAAAAUCAAACCUUUUUCAGAGUGGAGGAUCCUGGAGAUGAGCAAUGUGGAAAGAAGAAGAUUGCUAUGUGCCAUAAUGUUUCACUUUGUAGCAGCUGUCUGUGUUAUUUGGUCCUUAUUUGUUCUGAUUGAUAGGGCUGCAGAGGAAGUGAGGAAAGGGCUAAUUGCAUGGCCUUUUUGGACCAAACUUGUAGUAGUAUCUGUUGGAUCUACUGGUGGUGUUGUAUUCAUGUAUAUUCAGUGCAGACAGUACUUACACCUUUUUUCUAGAUGGAAAGCACACAACCGUAUAAUACUCGUUCAAAAUGCACCCGAGAAACUACCCCCAUCCCCUUCCCCAUACUUUGAAAGGGAUACCAGGCAGCCAGUUCCUACCCAAAUAGUCACCAUAGCUGAGUACAAUCAGCCCUCUUCUGUGACCAAUUCCAAUUCACAAAAUGACAUGCAGAUGUGUUAUGUCUUUGAAAAUGAAUGUAAGGUGAAAUGUUGCAGCAGCAGUUCGUCUUCGGUACAGAAAGCCGACGUUCAUGUUGAAGAUUUGUGUGAUACGCCAAAAUUCGAAUCGGAUGCCCCAAAUUCUAUGGAUAUGUCUAGAAGUAACAUUUUAGCUUUAGAUAUCGAGUGCCCUAAUAGUAGCAGAAAAAAAUAUUCCCUGCAAAAUUCUCUAAAGACUGAUGUAGUAAGAAACAGAAGCUGUGUUUUCAAAUCUUUGCCUAACUUGAGUACCAGUAGUGAAAACUUAUUGUUGUAAAUAUAUUUUAUUAUACUGUGAAUUGCAUAAACAAUUACAAUAAACUAUUUAUUAUUUGAACA